AUGGGGGAGAAUGUUUCUGCAAUUCUCCAACGGAAACUAGCCCCAAAAUGCAAGGAUCUAGGUACGUUUUCUAUACCUUGUAAAAUUGGUGUGAUUGGAAUAAAGAGGGCAAUGUGUGACCUUGGAGCUUCUAUAAAUGUUAUGCCCCUCACCAUUUUUGAGUCCUUCAAUGUUGGUCCCUUAAAGGAAACAGAGGUAAAUGAAUUAGCAUUUCUCGCCGAGUUUUACGUGUUGGAUAUGAGGGAGGACAACUGCCCCAAUUCCACAUCAAUCCUGCUAGGAAGACCGUUCCUCAAGACAGCUAGAACAAAAAUUAAUGUGCAUAGUGGAAGUCUCACCAUUGAAUUCGACGGUGAAAUCAUAAGAUUCAACAUUUAUGAAUCCAUGAGGUAUCCGACUGAUUUACCUACCGCUUUUCUUGUAGAUAUUUUUGACCCUCUCAUGCAGGAUUCCACAACAAUUAACGAUGAGGACCAUGUGAAGUACAGAUUGGAAGAAAGCCUCACGUUAGAGAAAGCAAAAAUUUUGGAAGAAAACAUGAUCAUAGAUCCGAACAUCGGUGACACCGUCCAUGAACUCGGAGCUCAUGAAACUUUACCUCCCAAUGUUGCUUUCAUUGAAUUACCUUAUUCUCACACCAAAAUUGUUCCCUCUAUAUUGCAGGCGCCCACAUUGGAAUUGAAGGAGUUGACAAACACCUUAAGUAUGCCAUCUUGGGGGAGAACAAAAUAUUACCGAUAA